AUGUCCAGCGUUCGAUUGAACUGGGCCAUGGCGCUGCUCCAAAGCCGCGAGCCACCGGAGCUGGGCGGCGAUGGACCCUCUUCGCUCUGGUGCCACCAGAAGUGCCUCUUCGAAUCCCCCAAUGGAUCGUACAAUUUCCACUUUUUCUUGCCAGAGGGUUUGACCGAGUUUGCAAAUCUCCUACGCGAAGAGUUCCUACAAAGUUUCGAAGACGGGGAACUUUCGGAACCUAGUUCAACCUUCCAAUUUCUGGCCCAAUUCUUGAGAUACAUUACCGGUCGAAAGGCUGCGAAACUCGACGCGCCUACGAGAGAGGUUUUCAUAGUUGCACUAGAUAAGUUCGAAAAUGAGUACCUACGCGGCGAGAACAUCCACACCUGUGUCGCAGCGAUGUCAGACGCGGAGCCCGCCAGCAGGAGAGAAAUCAUCAGAUCCUACUACGAGGCCAUGCAUCUCAUGGAGCACCCUUUUGGCGCUGCCCCACCGCCAAUAUUCUCAGAAGACAAUUCGACAUUCUUUGUGUUCGGAGGACAGGGAAAUACACAACAAUACUUCGAUGAAUUGAGGGAUCUCUACGGGACAUAUGGCUGCCUCCUUGACGAAGCUUUGAACUUUGCGUCGGAGAUUUUUGAAAGAGUGCUCGGCGACGAGACAACGAAUGACCAAUACCCUCACGGCCUGGACUUCCUCACAUGGUUACGCAAGCCGGAGACCACCCCCGAGCGUGAUUACCUGCUUUCAGCACCCGUCAGCUUCCCAUUGAUCGCGGUGCUUCAGCUCGCCAGCUUCUAUGUUAAGUGCAAGCUCUGGCAACUUAACCCUGGAGAAGUUGUUCAAAAAUUGCACGGCUUGACAGGGCACAGUCAGGGGAUUAUUGUAGCGGUUGCUCUUGCGACGUGUGAAACCUUCGAAGAUUUCCAAGGGGCGUCAAAGUCCGUAUUGAUAGCCCUUUUCUAUACUGGCUGCCGAAGUCAACAAGCUUUUCCUGGGAAAACGUCAUGGCAAAAGAUGGUUGAAGAGCGGUCGGCAGACCCAAAAGAUGACCCAACGCCUAUGAUGAAUAUAUUGCAUCUGCCCCGAGCAGAAGUCGAGUCGCAAAUCCGCUCAUUCAACCAGAACGUUGCAUGGGAUCAGGAAGUCUAUAUGGCGCUAGUAAAUGGCCCCUCGAAUAUCGUCGUCGGCGGCGCUCCAGAGUCGCUACGAAAUUUUACAGCAUUCAUCCAAAGACUUCGAGAACCGAAGUCCAAAACUCAGCCUCAGAGCGGUAAAUCCUUCACUACGCGAUACCUGCCCAUAUCCUGCCCUUUCCAUACGCCCUACCUUACAGAGGCUGCUCUAGCUGUUGAAGGAGACAUGAAGAAGUACAAUAUCUCAAUCAUGCCACGCAACCUGUUGAUUCCGGUAUACGACAGCAAGACUGGUCGGGAUCUCCGUGAAGCAGAAGAGGAAGCCUUACUCCCAAUGCUUACGAGAGCGAUCACCACCGAGGUAGUCGAUUGGCCAUCGGCAACCAAAUUUCCCAAUCGCUCUUAUAUCAUUGACUUCGGGCCUGGCGGUACUUCAGGCGUGGGAACCCUCAUGCAUAGGAUGAAAGAGGGAAGAGGUACUCGAAUUAUUUUGGCUGGACCGCUUCAGGGCGCACUAGCGCACGUGGGCUACAAAGCUGAACUGUUCGAGAGCUCUGAAACCUUCACUAAGAAGACAGUCGACUGGCUGCGGGACUGGGCGCCAUCUUUGCUCGCUGACGCGUCGGGGAGGACGAUAGUUAGCACUAAGAUGAGCCAGCUCCUUGGAGUGCCGCCGCUCAUGGUUGCAGGAAUGACUCCUACUACUGUACACCCUGAUUUUGUCGCCGCAGUCAUCAACGCAGGCUACCACGUCGAGCUGGCUGCCGGAGGCCACCCCAGCGAACAAUCACUCGUCAAGGCUAUCACUACCAUUGAGAAGUCAAUCACAACCGGGAAAGGGAUCACCAUCAACCUGAUUUAUUCGGCACCAAGAGCCAUCCAAUGGCAGAUCCCCUUGAUCAAGAGUCUUGUUCAAAAAGGCCAUUUGAUUGAAGGCAUUACGCUAGGCGCGGGAGUUCCAUCACUUGAAAUAGCAACGGGCUAUAUCGAGGAACUCGGACUAAAACACAUCGGCUUCAAACCGGGAUCGGUAGAUGCAAUCCAGCAGGUGCUUACAAUUGCGAAAGCACACCCCAACUUCCCGAUCUUAUUGCAGUGGACAGGAGGACGUGGUGGAGGCCAUCACUCCACGGAAGACUUCCACGCACCAAUGUUGCAAACAUAUUCGAGUAUCAGACGAUGCACCAACAUCAUCCUGAUUGCCGGCAGCGGUUUCGGUGGAGCCGAGGAUACAUAUUCAUAUCUGACAGGAUCAUGGUCGGAGAGGUUUGAGCAAUCUCGUAUGCCAUUCGACGGCUGCCUCUUCGGAAGUCGAAUGAUGGUCGCAAAAGAGGCGCAUACUUCUCUAGCAGCGAAACAGACCAUCGCCGCCACGGAAGGCGUCGAAGAUGCAUUCUGGCGGUCUGGUAAAGGCAUCAUUACUGUUAAAUCGGAGAUGGGACAGCCUAUCCACAAAAUCGCCACUCGUGGAGUGCAGCUAUGGGCUGAGAUGGAUAAGAAGAUCUUCUCGCUCGAGAAGAGCAAGCAGCUUGUCGUGAUCAAGCACCAACGGAGUUCCAUCAUUGAGCGCCUCAACAAAGAUUUCCAGAAGGUUUGGUUCGGCUACGACUUCGAAGCCGGCAAAUCCGGAGAACUUAAAGAUAUGUCGUAUGCAGACGUAGCCAGACGCAUGAUCGACUUGCUGUACCUCAAGAAGAGCUCCCAAUGGAUCGAUGACUCCUAUAUCCGGAUACUUGGAGAUUUCGUCCGCCGCGUCGAAGAGCGUUUACCUCUGUCACGAUCAGAGCUUUCCAAGCCCAUCUUUAGAAGCUAUGAUGACUUCAAGGACCCGGCCAAAGCUAUGCGCACUCUGGUAGAAGCCUACGGAGAGAGCAAAAUACAGCUCAUCAGCCAAGAGGAUCAAGAGUAUUUCCUCUCAAUCUGUCGAAGAUCGGGUCAGAAGCCGGUUACAUUCAUCCCCGUGCUGGAUGCAAGCUUCGAGUCCUGGUUCAAGAAAGAUUCGCUGUGGCAGUCCGAGAACAUAGAAGCGGUCAUCGAUGGUGAUAUACAGCGAUGUUGUAUUCUCCAGGGACCCGUUUCCGUGACCUAUUCCACCCCAGACAACAUUAAUCAACCCGUAAAAUCCGUUCUGGAUCAGAUCAGCAGUGCUCACGUCAAAACGAUGCUCGACGAAUUCUACAACGGUGACCAGCAAGCUGUUCCGGUUGCUGAAUUCUUUGGCCACCAGGCCUCCGAUACUACAUCGGAAGACGGCAUUCAAGUUAUCCCCGCGCCCGAAUUCACUGCAUACAACAUUCCCUUCAACGCGCAGAACAUCCCAUCAUCCGAGGCGUGGUUCAACAUUCUUGCCGGCAAGGAGCUCUCUUGGAGAUAUGCAGUCUUUAAAAGUCCAACAAUCACGAGUGGAGACGAAGUGAUUCCUAAUCCUAUACGUCAAGCAUUCACGCCAUUAAAGGGUUGUUCCGUGCUCAUCACAAACGACUCCGGAAGCGGCAAUAUCUCCAUCACUAUGAGUAGCAAUAAUGACGGUCAAACGGAUGCAUCGAUCGUUACCAGCGAAUCGGGAAAGAAAAUCACGCUUCGCUUGGUAUGCCACGAGAACGCGCUGAAGGAGCCACUGCCGCUCGAAUUCUAUUUCAGGUAUCACCCGGAGCUACCCCAUUCGUUGCUACGUGAAGAUGUUGAAGGUCGCGAAGAGCGGAUUCGCAGCUUCUACGACACGCUCUGGUUUGGUAAGGGAGAGGAUGUCGAGGAGGUCGUCAUUACCAAAGGCCUCGUCGAGAAGUUCUUGCAAACUAUUGGCGGUGGUAUGCGAGGGCUUGACCGAGAUUCGUUGGUACCAAUGGACCUGGCGAUCGUGGUCGGUUGGAAAGCGAUAAUGAAGUCCCUCCUCUUCGUGAAAGGGGAUCUCUUGAAGCUAGUCCACCUUUCUAACGAGUAUCGAAUGUACCCCGGAGUCGGUCCAUUGAUGAUUGGAGACAAAACUGAGAGCUCUGCGAAAACGACUGCCAUUACAGUCCAAGAGACUGGGAAGGUGGUCUCGGUCUGCUGUGCCAUUACUAGAGAUGGUGCUCCCGUGAUGGAUGUUACAUCAGAGUUCUUCUAUCGCGGGACAUAUACCGAUCGCUCGGAUGCAUUCCAAGAUAUCAAGGAAGAGAUAAGAGAGGUUGACCUCAGCACAAACAGCCAUGUCAACCUUCUGAUGUCGAAAGCCUGGAUGUCAUUCUACCACCCUGACACCACAGAGACUCUCUGCGGCAAGACCCUAAGCUUUGAGCUCAAUACUUUCUCCUCGUCAAGUCACCUCCGAACAACUGGAAAAGUCUUUGCCAGCUCAUCAUCUUCAAGAGAUCCUAUCGAAAUCGGCACCGUGGAGUACGACUCUCUUACCUCUGGUCUUCCUCCCACCAACGGAAAUCCUGUUCUUGGAUACCUUGGCCGUCACGGUAAGAUCGUUCAAAAGCGCGUACCUCUAGACGCUCCCCAAUCCCUCAACCACGAAGAAUCAGGCUUCAUCUUCACCGCUCCAAAGAGCAACCUCGCGUACUCUCGUGUUUCGCAGGACUUCAACCCGAUCCAUGUCUCGCCCGCAUUCGCCCGCUACGCCGGUCUUCCAAAUUGCAUCACACACGGCAUGCAUACUAGUGCCAUUAUUCGCAGCAUCUGCGAAAUGCGAUGUGCGGAAAGCAGCGCAGAAGUCCACCUCGGCUCUAUGAAACGCUUCAGCGCGUCGUUUAGCGGGAUGAUCCAGCCCGGUGACAAGAUUGAGGUUAGCAUCGAGCAUGUAGCCAUGUUUGAGGGCCUCAAGGUCAUCACCAUCGAAGCGCGGAAUGUCGAUACUGAGGAGAAGGUUUUCGUAGGUGAGUGCGAGGUCGAACAAUCGGAGACUGCGUAUGUCUUUACUGGUCAGGGAAGCCAGGAGAUGGGAAUGGGUAUGGAUCUUUAUGAGAGCAGUCCCGUUGCCAGGGCUGUCUGGGAGAGAGCGGAUAAGCAUUUUGAUGAGACAUAUGGAUUCCGCUUAACCGAUAUCGUAAAGAAGAACCCAAAACAACUCACCGUCCACUUCGGCGGCCGCCGCGGGGCCAUCAUCCGCCAGAACUACCUCAAAAUGACUUAUGACUCCUACGAUAAGGCUGGCAACAAGACCACGAAGCGAUUCUUCGAUAUCCACGAGCGAAGCGCUUCUUACACUUACCGCUCGCCCGCUGGCCUCCUCUUCUCGACUGAAUUCGCCCAGCCCGCUCUCACUGUCAUGGAAAAAGCUGCCUUCGAGGACAUGGCCGCCAAAGGCCUCAUCUCGCAGAACAGCAUGUACGCCGGUCACUCUCUUGGCGAGUAUGCGGCUCUCUGCGCAAUUGCGAAUAUGAUGCCACUCGAGCAAAUCCUCUCCAUCGUCUUCUACCGCGGGCUAUCGAUGCAAGUCGCCGUCGAGCGAGACGAACAAGGCCGCUCGGAGUUCGGCAUGAUGGCUGUAGACCCUAGUCGCGUCACCCCAUCCUUCGAGAUCAAGGACCUCGAAGCCACCGUCUCAAACAUCAGCAACACGACGGCAUCACUGCUUGAGAUCGUAAACUACAACGUCGCCCAGCGCCAGUACGUCUGCGCGGGCACGCUGACAAACCUCCACCUCUUGACUACUGUUUUGAAUACCCUCGCUGGAUCUCCGAAAGCCAAGCAUGACGCUGCGUCUAUCUCUGCUCUCAUAGUAACACAUGCCGCAAAUGUCGCUGCCGGACCUCCCAUCACUACAUUAGCACGAGGCAAAGCGACCAUCCCGCUCACCGGCAUCGACGUCCCAUUCCACAGCUCCUUCCUGCGGCCAAACCUGUCCGCCUUCCGCGAAGUCCUAGAAGCCAAUAUCAUUGCCAAUAAGCUCGAUCCGCAGAAGCUGAUCGGUCGCUACGUGCCGAAUGUCACCGCGCGACCAUUCGAGCUGACAAAGGAGGCUUUUGAGUACGCGUAUGCGGCGACGGGAAGCGAGCGCCUGAAGAAAGUCUUGGACGAUUGGGAGCCGGAGGCGCUGGUACCCGCGAUUGCGGUGGGUGGAAGGUUAGGGAGGCUGGCAACGUGGACGAGAUUCAUUGAAUAUCAAAGCGCUGAGGGUAUACCAUAUCGUGGGUGGGUCGAGGAAGAAAGUCACCAGCCGAUCACGGACCUCGAUAUCAAGAAGAAGUACGAGCAGCACAUUCUGAAGCACAGCGGCAUUCGCUUCUUUGAUGCUCGUUCGUUAGAUAGCCCGGACCCAUCUGCUCGGCAGGUCCUUCACGAGAUCGACCUACAGGCUGAUUUCGCGCCUUUUAAGGUUUCCAACGAUACCGCCACAGACCUGAUCAGGGAGCACGGAAACAAGGAUGCGAUCACCGACGUGGAGGACCACUGUGUUGUAGUUCUCAAGAAGGGUGCCCGUCUCAUGGUCCCUAAGGCUUUGGUUUUCGACCGCACCGUUGGAGGCCAGGUUCCUACCGGGUGGUCCGCAAGAACAUACGGUAUUGCUGAGGAUAUUAUUAACCAAGUUGAUCCUGCAACACUAUAUGCUUUAGUGUGCACCGCUGAGGCUUUAUUAUCUGCCAGUAUUACCGACCCCUACAAAUUUUAUAAGUACAUCCACGUUUCUCAGCUCGGUGUCGCUGUCGGAUCCGGCUACGGCGGAGCUGCAUUGUUGCAGGGUAUCUACAAAGAGCGAUUUCUAGAUAGACCUAUUCAAAAUGAUGUGCUGGCUGAAUCCUUCAUUAAUACCGGCAGUGCAUGGAUCAAUAUGCUUCUGCUCUCCUCCUCCGGACCCAACAUCACGCCCGUUGGCGCGUGUGCAACCGCACUAGAGUCGCUUGACGUGGGCUUCGAGCUCAUUUCCAGCGGCAAAGCGAAAGCUGUACUUGUUGGUGGCUACGAUUACUUAGCUAAAGAUGUUGCGUACGAGUUCGCCAAUAUGAAGGCAACCAUCAGCAGCGAUACAGACAUGGCCCGCGGCAGGGAUCCUCAGGAGAUGUCUCGACCUGCCACUUCAACUAGGGGCGGGUUUGUUGAGUCUGAAGGCUGCGGCAUCCAGGUUCUCACCACCGCAAAGCUCGCGCUUGAAAUGGGGCUAGCCGUCCGGGGUAUCAUGGCGGUGAGCCGGACGGCUAGUUAGCGACAAGGCCGGCAGAUCACUGCCUCGAGGCUGUAUUCAAAGCCAUUCUCGCCACACACAAAACCUAUG